GAGGAAGGCGAGAGAAAGGGAGCUGCUUCCAUCCCGGACUUCCCAGAGCCUUCCUGGAGCGCGCACUCAGCGGCUCUCGGGUCCCAGCGUCCCAGCCGCGGCCCGCGUCCCUCCGCCCCGCUCCUCCUCCUCCUCCUCCUCCUCUCUAGGCACCCCCGUCCCCUCCUUCCAGCGGCUGCAGCCCCCAGCCCCAACUCUCCGCGCUUACUCCUGGGACGCGCGUCCUCGCCCCAUCCUUUGCUUCCUUCCUUCCUUCCUUCUUCCUUCCUCCCCUGGCUCCCGCCCUCCCUCUCCAGGUCGCCCUCCCGGGGCCCGAUUGUCUCGGUGUCCCGCUCCCGGCCCGCGCCCUGCCCCGUCUCUCCCUUGCACUUCCUGAGUCGCCCGCCGCCGCCGUCGCAGACUCGCCGCGGGAGCCCCAGCCCAGCCCAGCCCAGCCCGAGCCCGACAGCCACUGCCCAGGCUCCAGCUCCAGCCCCGCAGCCCGCGGCGCCCGCCCGAGGGAGCCCCGGCGCCCGGGGAAGGCUCCAGUGGGCUAGCGCGCCCUCGCCCAGCCCCGCGCCCCAGCCCUGCCCGGCCCGGCGAGGAAGGACCGGGAAGAUGAACAACGGCGGCAAAGCCGAGAAGGAGAACACCCCGAGCGAGGCCAACCUUCAGGAGGAGGAGGUCCGGACCCUAUUUGUCAGUGGCCUUCCUCUGGAUAUCAAACCUCGGGAGCUCUAUCUGCUUUUCAGACCAUUUAAGGGCUAUGAGGGUUCUCUUAUAAAGCUCACAUCUAAACAGCCUGUAGGUUUUGUCAGUUUUGACAGUCGCUCAGAAGCAGAAGCUGCAAAGAAUGCUUUGAAUGGCAUCCGCUUCGAUCCUGAAAUUCCGCAAACACUACGACUAGAGUUUGCUAAGGCAAACACGAAGAUGGCCAAGAACAAACUCGUAGGGACUCCAAACCCCAGUACUCCUCUGCCCAACACUGUACCUCAGUUCAUUGCCAGAGAGCCAUAUGCGCUGGCUCCCUCCCUCCGAGGCUACUUCUCAGGGCUGGAAGUCCCGUCAGUUCUGCUGAAUACUAUGCUUGAAAAAACCUUGCCCAGUUUUGAUCCCUUCAAGACUUUGUCACAGCCUCUAUCACACAUCUGUUUUUCUCGAAGAAAAAAAUAUAAUAAAAAUGUUUUACUCUUUUACACUGUAUAAUUGUAAGAAAUAGCGUGUUAUUUGUGAAUGCAUGGUCUGAAAUGUCUGUACAGUUUGGAGAUAUUUUCAAACGAAACGUAAGAGAAGUCAACAAUAAAACAAAGAAAAGUUAGUAUUUUUAUACCAAACAUUUUAAGUAUGCUGGGAUGGACGAUCUUAACACUGGUUUGGAUCAGUUUUUGUUCUUGACUUUUGAAUGCUUGUAAUUAAAAAUAUCUAUUUUUUUCCUCUGAAGUAAGUUGCAUGUUUGAGGCAUGUUUCCAAAUAUUAUCAAAAUUUCCUGAAUUGUAUUGUGAAUAUAUAGAAAUUUGUGCCUGGCCAGAGUCCAGGGUAAAUUUAGUAGCGUGGUGUUAGAUGUUAGAAACAGAACUGUUAUUUGCAGUGUUAGGUCUAGGAUCCCAGUUCUAGUAGAACAGCCCUGCAAGACAAUCAACCAGAAGCCUCCAGGAGCUUCUACCUAUGGCUUAUUCACAACUGGGCAAGAAAACAUCGUUGGUAAGAACUGCUGGGUGUGCCCUGAGAAAGCCCUGGCAGCUCCAGCUGUGACUAUAUCAACUGUGUGCCAAGUGUGAGUUUGUGCAGUUUUAUGUUUCCACUCUCCUGUAUGUGUAGGCACUCGAUGCCUAACCUACCUUCCACAAGCCAGCCCCGCAUCCCUGCUCCCCCAGUGGAAGUGCAGAGCCCGCCUCACUGGUAAGGGAAAACCUUGGCUUGGGAGGCCAGCCCUGGCCCAUAAAGGGGUUGGCUGUGUCCAACCCACUUGGCUGCAGUGGGCAGCUCAUGUCUCUAUCUCCAAAGUGAUGUUUGCAAAACAUCGGCUGAACUGAGCUGGUGUUCCCAACUCUUGGCAGCACUGGGCCAAACUGACCACAUACCAUGAGCUCCCAAAUGGCGUGUGCUCACUGUGAGACGACCUGCCACACCGCACAGGAGACGGAGGCUGUGGGCAUUUGGAACCAGUUCUAUUCAGACUUCGUCAAAGCCAAAGUCAGUCUGGUGUUGUCAGUUGACACAUCUCCAGAGUUCAUGACAGCUCAACCUCUCCCCUUGUACAGAAGCCAUUUGUAAAACCACACUGACCUAAAUUCAGCUGCCAAACACAAUCACAGUCUUUCCUAUUGAUCUGCUCGGCUUAUGUUGAAAAUUUCAAUGUCAUGAUUACCUGGUUGGUUUGGGUUUUUGUUUUGUUAUUUUCCAUUAGAAAUAUAAAGAUGUCACGAAGCUUUUAAAGGUCAACACAAAAAACCAAGGCCAGGAGUGAGGGGCUCUUUCUUACCAUAAAUAAGGGGAAAGGGCAGUUAGCUCGAGGACUUGUGAUGGAUCCACUUUGGUGUUCAAGGACCUGCCUAUGCCCUCAGUGCCAAUUGGCUCUUGGUGAGAUGCCUGUACUCCUCUCUAAGGAAAACAGCCACUUCUGCAGUCUAUUAUGCUUUUAUAACUGUUUAAAGGUACUUUUCUAUUGUCAUUUUUAAAAAAUAAAGUGCUUAUUCCAGCUGUCA